UUUAUCACCGAGUGGAUAAAUACUGCUCCAGCUCCGAUCUCAGGGUCUGCUACUCACCGGAUGAUGUCACUUUACAUCUCGGACAACUAACUACACCACGUGAAUAGUAAGCUUACCUCGAGUCGUUUGAGAUGAUCGUUAUACACUCAAGAGACCAUACCUGCUGGGUAUACGAAUUCAUUCUUUCUCUUGAAAGUGGUGUUCCCGUAAUUUCUUUUCCUUCCACGGUCGUAAAGCAUAUGAUCGGCCAGGCGAUUUGGAAACUAAGCGCCAGUUCAGCUAAUAGUACACUAGCCAUCCUUCUCACAACAGGUCCUGGGAAGUGUUGUUGUGAGGUCUUCUUCUCGGCGUCCUAACUGGCCAAAUAUUAUCCCUCGAGCUUUGAGAUACUAUCAGAAUCUAAGUUGUUCGAUAUGCCUUGUUCUGCGAACUCUACCCAGAUGCAGAUCCCCGUCGUGGACUUUUCGCAGUGGUACAACAGCCAAGAUGCCUCCUCUCGUCAACAGGUCGCACAUGCACUGGUCAAGGCUUGCCAGGAUGUCGGGUUCGUAUAUAUCGUGAACCACUCGCUUUCUGGAUCGGUUCUGGAUGAAGCCUUUGACUGGAUGAGACGCUUUUUUGAGCUCUCAAGCGAAGACAAGAUGCGGGCCCCACAUCCGGAGGGCUGGGCUGUACAUCGAGGCUACUCAUGGCCCGGUCUAGAAAAGGUUUCUCAAGUCAUGAGCACCGGAGAUGACGAGGACGCGCGGAAGAAGCUGAGAGAGGUGCCAGAUGUCAAGGAAAUCUACGAUAUUGGCAGCGAAGAGAAUACCUUUCAGCCCAACCAGUGGAUACCGAAAGAGACACUUCCUGGCUACCAGGACUUCAUGGUCCGAUUUUACUGGGAGUGUAAUAAGGUUGGAAGCGAGAUACUACGUGCCUUGGCUACCGGCCUUGACUUGGAGGAUGAAUGCUACCUGACGAAGAAGCACUCAGGCCACAACAACCAACUCCGGUUGCUGCACUAUCUGCCUGUGCCGGCGGAAGAGUUGGAGAAAGAGCGAACCGCCCGAUGCCCGGCACAUACAGACUGGAGUUCCAUAACCAUGCUCUUCCAGGAUGACUGUGGUGGCCUGGAAGUAGAAGACAUUUUUCGGCCCGGCACAUUCGUCCCCGCUACUCCAUUGAAACAUGCCAUCAUCAUGAACAUUGGGGACUUAUUACAAAUGUGGAGCAAUGGUUUGUCUUAGCCCCUUCCCGCAACAAUAGUAGUGGUGUGAAAUGGGUCAUCUUUCUGAUCUAUAAUAUAGA